AUGUUCAAUACACCGCCGCGCGAUAAAAUAAUAUCGUACAAAGAACGCCAUAGACUGACCGAUAGGUUAGAAUGUGCUUCGGAGCAUGUGCUCGCUAAAGACACCGCCGCUGUAAUUCCGCCGCGUAGCACGGUACGGAGUAAUAUAUCGCUACGUGGAGAAAAGGAGCUCUUCAUGCAGCAAAAUAUGUCAUCGCAACGUCCUCUACGGGAUCCGUCAGUUACGUCAUCAAAGGCGUCAGAGAUCAAACGAAAACAGUUGGAACUGGAGGCUGCCCGUGCAAAGGCAAAAAUUCAACUGGAUUUGAUUGAUAAGGAGCUGGAAGCUAACCUGGCCAUCAUCACGGAUGGCAGCAGAAGGUCCAUUCACUCUUCUAAGCACGCUUCCGUAUAUGACCCACAUAUUAAUUCCCAUGUUGAAGACUGGCUAGAACAGAGUAAUGUACAACCGCCGUGUAACGCUGAUCAGGAGUUGAACACGGCACCGAUGAUGCAAGCAGUGCCGGCAACCGAUUGUCCACAACAUAGCCGCCCUGCACCAGUCAAUGGAGAAGAUAGUAUUCUGCAGCUAGCACACACCCUGAAGGAUAUGAUGGUGAACUCAUCAUCACACCAGGAUGAGCGCUUACUAACCCGUCUCGCCACACCGAGGGAAUUACCCACUUAUUUUGGCGAUUGCAUGGAGUGGUUACAUUUUAAAAGUGCAUACAUGGAGUCCACUCGCGUGUGUCAGUUUAGUGAUUCGGAGAACCUGUGGAGGUUACGCCGUGCACUAAGAGGUGAUGCUAAGGAGGCAGUCACCGAUCUGUUAAUCGGAAACACGUCACCCGGCGACAUCAUAUCUGCGCUGGAACUGAGGUUUGGCCGUUCCGAUAUUAUUAUUCACCAUGUAACUACACAGAUAAAAAAGUUACCAUCUUUACCUACUCAUUAUCAACAAGAUAUAGUUAAUUUUUCAAUAAAAAUUAAUAAUUGCAUUGCUACACUCAACGCAAUGAAUCUGCAUGAUUAUUUACGCAGCCCAGAGCUCGCGUCAGCAAUAUCAUCGAAAUUACCAAGUAUAUUAAUUAGUAAAUUCACUGAUUAUGCAUUUGAUCGCUUGACAGAUGAUACACCAAAACUAAUGUUAUAUGCAUCUUUUUUAAAACGUGAGGCUGAAAUGACGUCGGCUCUCGGUCUAUCACAGCCGCGAGAACAAAAGAAACCCGACAUGCCUACAAUAAAUAACAAGCGAACAGAUGAUCGCUACCGCUACAACUAUAAUAAACAAGUAUUUACAACUACAACUAUUAAUGAAUCAAAAUUAUGUAGAUUUUGCAACAAAUCACAACACUUAUUGCCAGAUUGUCGAUUAUUUCGAAGAGCUAUGCGUAAGGAUCGAUGGAAUUUUGUUAAAAAUAACAAGCUAUGUUAUUGUUGUUUAUUGGCGCGACACGAUCGUAUGUCAUGCGCUGCACCUGUAUGUAACAUAGACGACUGUGGGCUGGCGCAUCACACAUUGUUGCAUUACAGAAAGCCCAUCCAUACAGACACACAGCCCGUGACCACUAUGGCGACAUCAUCACAACAUGAAUCAUCGAGUACCGACGCGACUGUAGCCUAUGUGAACUCCGCUACCGACGGGACUGCGCCCGGGCUACCGGGGCGCGGUCGCUCCCCCACAGUGACGUCAUGUGAUGUGAUACUCAAAGUAGUUAAAGUGAAGUUAAGUGGACCCAACGGUACAGUGAGUACUUAUGCCUUAUUAGAUGACGGUGCUUCGAUAUCGAUGAUCGAUUCCGGCUUAGUAAAUGAACUUGGUCUUAAAAGUUUAAGUUCUAGUUCUAUUAAAUUAAUUGAUGCUUUUGGUUUAGAAGUAUACCAGUCUGAUGCUCCUAAAGUCUGUUUAAAUAUUUCUGGCUAUGAUAAUUGUAACUAUAAUAAGUGUAACUAUAAUAUAACUUUACGUAAUGUAUCUAAACUAAAAUUACCUAUGCAAAAUUUGUCUGUAAUAAAUAAUAUUCACUGUGAUUAUUUAUCAUCUGUAAAACAAUUUGUAUGUACUGAGAACGUGGUGCCUCGUCUGUUAAUAGGUGAAGAUAAUUAUUUUCUUUUAGCGCCGUUAGAAAUAUUACACGGUAAUAAAUAUGAACCCUAUGCAACGCGUUGUCGCUUAGGCUGGUCGAUACAUGGUAGUUAUGGUCGCACGAACUCAUCACUCACACAGGGGCACAGUUUCCACGUUACACACAACGACGAGGUAAGUGAAAUUACUAUAUUAAACAACUUAGUUAAAAAUUCAUUUGAACUGGACUGCAUAGGAAUAUCAACCUUACGCCGUGAGAAUACGGCCGAUUUAAGAGCGGUUAAUAUAUUAGAUCAGACCGCGCGAAACAUAGGUAACAGGUGGGAGGUCGGACUGCCAUUCAUUAAGGAUGUUUUAUGUAUACCUGAUAGUUACAACUAUGCACUAUCACGCUUGAACGGGUUAAUGAGAAAAUUUAAGUCGGACAGCGCGUACGCUGAUAGGUAUAAAACAGAGAUGCACAAGUUGUUUGAUAAUGGUUAUGCUCGAGUUUUAAAGGAAAAUGAACUUGUAGGUAAUCGUAUAUGGUAUCUCUGUCAUUUUGGCGUGCUAAAUCCGAACAAACCCAGUAAGCUGAGGUUAGUGUUUGACGGUGCCGGUAAGGUCAACGGCUUGUGUUUAAAUGACUUCUUACUUACUGGACCCGAUUUGUAUAACUCAUUACUAGGUAUUAUGUUGCGAUUCCGCGAACAUAAAUAUGUUAUAGUAGGCGAUAUAAAGGACAUGUUUUUACGUAUACGUAUUAGAGCUGAAGAUCAACACUUAUUUAGGUUUUUAUGGCGGGAAGACGACAAGUCCCCGUUAAAAAUAUGUGUCAUGCAAAGUUUAGUUUUUGGUGCAACUUGUUCUCCAUUCAUUGCGCAACAUAUAAAAAAUAAAAAUGCGCUUAAAUAUGAGGAUUUGUAUCCGGAAGCGGUAGAUGUUAUUAUUAACAAUCAUUACAUGGAUGACUGUUUGUACUCGUGUGACAGCGAAGAAAAAGCAAUUAAAUUAGUUCGUGAAAUUACGGAAAUACAUAGUUACGGCGGAUUCGAGAUAGGCCGCUGGUCGAGUAAUAGCAAACCGGUUUUAAACACAAUACCGCAUCGAGCGCUCACUCAGUCUGCUGUUGAUUUUAAACACGGAGCUAAUAAUACAACUGAGCGCACUCUCGGUUUGAUGUGGUAUCCUAAUGACGAUGCAUUUGCUUUUAAAAUAUCAUUCAACCGUAUUCCGCAAAACAUAAUAAAUGGCACGGAGCCACCUACGAAAUCUCAAAUGCUUAGUAUAUUAAUGUCUGUUUAUGAUAUUCAUGGUUUUCUUGCUCCUUGUAUAAUUAAAGGUAAAAUAUUAUUUCAAAGUGUACAUCGUAGUGGUGUCGACUGGAAAUGCCACAUCCAACCAACAGAGUUUGUUCAGUUUACUAGUUGGUUAUGUGAACUAAAGAAGUUAGAUUCUUUACGUAUACCUAGGUGUUAUAUUAAUGGUAAUGAGUGGACUUUUUGCUAUAAUGAAUUACCGAAUAUUACAUGUAUUAAUAAUAAUUUUGUAGACAUACAACUCCACACUUUUUGUGAUGCUUCAACAAAGGCAUACGCUGCCGUAUCUUAUUGGCGAUUGAUUCGGUCGGAUUGUUGUGUUCAAGUUAGUUUCGUUGGUAGUAAAAGCAGAGUGAGUCCACUCCGUCCUAUUUCAAUACCGAGGCUUGAAUUACAGGGAGCGGUAAUAGCCGCCCGCCUUGCAAAUAUUAUUGAGACCGAUCAUAAGGAUUUUAAACCAGCAAAGCGUUACUUUUGGACAGAUUCUAGUACGGUUUUACAAUGGAUCCGUAGCGAUCCGCGUAAUUAUAAACCUUUUGUCGCUCAUCGACUCGGUGAGAUAGAUGAGCUGACGAAAAACUGUGAGUGGCGUCAUGUGCCGUCUGAUGCUAACGUAGCCGAUGUAGCUACACGACAUGAUGCAUCACCACUGUCAUACUCAGACCCGUGGUUCCAGGGUCCUGCCUUUCUACGGCGACCUGAGAGUGAGUGGCCUAAAGAUCGUAAGUUCUCCAAGACAUCGCAAGAUGUGACUUGUGAAGAACGAUCAAUUAAUGUGGUUAUGUACAGUUCAGAAUUAUCUUUGCCUAGCGAAGAUAAUAUCUCGAAUUGGAUCACAUUAGUGCGAGCCACCGCCCGCGUGUUAUUAUUUAUUAACAAAUGUCGGCGUAAAAACAUUCAGUUUGAUGUUUCUUUAAUGAAAAGAGCUGAAAUUUUAUUAAUUAAAAAAUGUCAGCAGGACAGUUUCUCUGUUGAAAUAUCUUGUUUACAACAGAAUAAACCUAUAAUGCGUAAUAGUAGAUUAUUAAAACUUAGUCCUUAUCUCGAUGAGACAGGAGUACUGCGUGUCGGUGGUCGCAUCGAUAGAGUGGCAGGAGUAGAACUGUCUACGUUGAGACCUGCAAUACUUGAUGGCGGACAUAGAAUUACUCGGCUCCUGGUCUACCACCACCAUAAAGAAGCUAUGCAUGGUUCUAACGAACUCGUUGUAAACCAGUUACGACAACAGUACUGGAUACUUAAAUUGAGACCAACAGUUCGUACUGUGUCUACCCAGUGCCUCACCUGUCGGUCACGUCGCGCCGCACCGCAGCCUCAGCGGAUGGCUGAUUUGCCAGCGGCGAGACUACAACAUAAUAGGAGGCCGUUUAGUUACACUGGCGUUGAUUUUUUUGGACCUAUAGAAGUCACUGUCGGUCGCAGGAGGCAGAAGAGAUAUUGCAUGCUCUUCACAUGCUUGACAGUACGUGCAAUUCACAUGGAAUUGACUGAAGAUCUGUCCAGUGAUUCAGCAAUAAUGGCUUUACGUCGUAUGGGAGCCCGGCGGGGUUUACCUCUAGUUAUCUACUCAGAUAACGGAACUAAUUUAAGGGGCGCCGACUCUGAACUUAAACGUAGUAUUGCAGAAUUAAAUACUAAAUUGUUAUGUGAUGAUGGCACAAUACGAGGUGUUGAAUGGCGUUUCAUUCCCCCAGGCGCUCCAGAAAUGGGAGGCGCUUGGGAGCGAAUGAUACGUACUGUUAAGACAGCGCUUAAAGUAACUCUCAAAGAGAGAGCCCCUCAUCCUGACACACUAGCCACUAUCUUAACAGAGGUUGAGGCUUUGGUUAACAGUCGACCUAUAACACACGUCUCUCUGGAUCCCGACUAUCCAGAGGCUUUAACCCCAAAUCAUUUUUUAAUUGGUACGCCAUCCAGCGGUCCCACUUAUGGACUUUUCAAUGAUUCUGACCUUUGUUUACGAAAGCGUUGGCGUAUAGCGCAACGUAUUACGGAUAUGUUCUGGAGUCGUUGGAUAAAGGAAUAUCUGCCUACGUUACUACCUCGACAAAAAUGGAUGGAGGAGUCGAGAUCAUUACAGGUAGGUGAUUACGUAGUAGUAGUGGACCCUAAACUGGAUCGUGGAUGCUGGCGUCAUGGAGUGGUCAGCUCAAGUCAUACAGGUGAGGACGGCCGCGUACGCGUCGUAGACGUACGCACCCGGGCGGGACUACUGCGUCGACCAGUCACUCGCGUCGCCUUGCUAUCACCAGCUAGUGUUAGUAGUGCUAACUAG